CGCACACCUUACUUCAGUCAGCCUUGAAGAAUCGGUUUUUGUUGCACAGGCGACGGCAAAUCAUUGUGCCGUUCUUUUCGUCAAAGGCGCCUCGAUGUCAACUGAACCACGUGUCAAUCAUUCCAUGGUGGGAGUGAUGGAGCAGCAGAUACACUGGCUCAACGUUUCCUUGACAAGAUCACCUCCGAAAAUGGUCAUGCGCGACGGUGCUACUGGCGUCGACAGAUUUUCGGCGCCACCAUCGGCAACGUUGCCUUGCGACAAUGCUAUAAAAGAAGAAGCAUCACGGGUCUUCGCCUGUGGGCACGGCGCGGGCAUCGUGAACAUGCGUCUGAACCACCCGUUUCUGUUUCUUGUGCAGGUGAGAAACGAUCGCCCCGUUCACUGUUAUAGAAGCAACAAUGUAUGUCUGCUCCUUGUGCCGUGCCCACAGCGAGUGUUUUCGCUGUUUGCCGCCCCAUACUACCACUGUAUCGGGGUGCUUCCAUGCCUAGAAGCCUUGUUAAUGCCUUUGUGUGAAUUACUGCUGUUGAUAUGCGGCGAUGUUGAACGGAAUCCGGGUCCCAUGAAUGAUCAACUUACGGAGAUGCACAAAUUAAUGAAGGACAUGCAUGAACGUUCAAUUCGCAUUGAAGCUGCACAGAUGACGAUGUCAAGCGACAUCUUAGAGCUUAAGAGUGAGCAACAAUCACUUACUAAAUAUAUUUCUACCAUAGUUACGCGCCUAGAAUCUGUCGAAAAGCGGACAUCUAUUUUGGAUGAUGUACAGUGCGAAUUAACAACAACGCGUAAGCUAACUGAGCAGGUGGAAAGCGAGGCACUUAGGCUACGCGUGCGUCUUGAUGAAGCAGAAGAUCGCUCUAGGAGGGACAAUUUAGUAUUUUUUGGUAUCCUUGAUAACGCUUCUAAAACGGCGCAGCAGACAGAAGAAAAUGUUUUAAGUUUAAUUCGCCAAUCUCCCGAAACAACCUUAUCUGCCGAUAACAUUGCGCGCGCGCAUAGGAUCGGGCGAUUUUCUACCAACAAAGUUCGACCUAUUAUAGUAAAGUUUUCCACCUACAAAACAAAAGAAACGAUUUUUUCGAAGCGUCACAUGCUCAAAGGAAGCAGAGUGGUCAUGCGGGAAGAUUUUUCAGCCAACACUCGUCGUAUUAGAGAGAAACUAACUAAUUAUGCCAAAGAACUGAACAGCCCUUUCAAACUGCGCUAUAACAAAUUAAUUGCUAAUGACACAUGCUACGGCUAUGAUUGCAGUACUGACGCAGUACCGUAAAAACCCGCGUAUAGUACGAGGUUUUUUUCCUGUUAUUAGCGUCCCAAAUUUCCGCCUCGUACUAUAUGCGGUUCCGGACAAAAAUUUCAAAGUUCGGCUCAAAGUUUUGGUUUCGUUAUUGCUCUGUGGCUACGGCUUGGCUUCGUGAUAUCUGCAUGGCUACGUCUUGGCUUUGUUAUUGCUGCCUGGCUACGGCUUGCCUUCGCUAUUGCAGCGUGGCUACGGCAUCGUUUCUUUCUUUGUUGAGUGCGGACUUUGGCAGUUCACGCAUGUUCACGUGUUAACCGCGCUUCGCGAAGUGCAUCGUUUUUAGUGAAGGGGCACGAUGUCGGGGGCACGGAAGCAGUACUCGGCAGCUUUCAAGCGAAAUGUGAUUUUAGCGGCAGAGGAAAUCGGCAACAGUGCGGCCGGGAGGCAGUUUGGCGUCACCGAGGGAAGCAUCCGCAGA